GGUGUACAGCUAUAACUAAGAUUUUGUUUGUGUAAUAAAUGCACGUUAAAGAUUUAAUUCUGCGCAGAUGAGACCGACACCUUCAGCUGGAGUUUAAAGCUCCAGUCAUGACGCUAACAUCACAUGCUAAUUUACAGAAGAUGGAAACCAUGUUUCAGAACCGACUGUUAUUUGUAGAGACGUGUUGCAUGAACAGUGACUGCUUUAAGGGAACUUUCCAGAACAUAGCUGUGAAUAAAGAAUAGCGCGCGUGUGUGGUUUGUGUCAGAUAUGAGAAGUUUCAAAACUUCCUGUUUUUGCACCUGAUCUCUAAAAUGAGAACAGGAAGCAGAGCAGGAGCUGAAAACCUCAGCGCUGCUAACACACUAAGAGUCGGUGCACACGGUGAGAGCCGUAGUGCACGCUUCAGAGUGUUCCUCACCGCACCGAGUGAAGAAACAAUGAGCGACUCCGUGGAGAAAAGCUCCGACUCUCCUGUGCACACGGAAAGUUCUGGAGCUGGUGAACUGUCGAACAUCUCUGUUCAGGAGAGGUUGGAUGACGAGAGUGUGAUCUUUAACGACUCUGGUCUCUCGGAGCAGAUCCACGCUGAGCUCCAGGGUCUGCGUCUGGACCACUGCCUCACUGACGUCGUCCUCAGCGUCCAGGAGGAGAAGUUCUCCUGCCACAGAGCCGUCCUCGCCGCCGCCAGCUUGUACUUCAGAGCCAUGUUCUGUACAGACCUGCGAGAGAAACGUGAACAGUGUGUGAACAUUCAGGGGAUUGAUGCAGAGGACAUGAAGAUGCUGCUGGACUACACAUACACGAGUAAAGUACACAUCACCAAAGACAACGUCCAGAAAACCCUGGAGGCAGCCAGUCUCUUCCAGUUCCCGCGAGUGAUGGAGGCGUGUGCUAAUUUCCUGGCUGAGUCUCUCCACCCGGAGAACUGUGUUGGGGUUCUGCGUCUGGCCGACACCCACAUGCUGCUGGAGCUGAAGGCGCGUGUGCAAGAGUACAUUGUGCAGAACUUUGGGCGUGUGGUGGAGCACGAGGAGGUGCUGGAGCUGCCGCUGGACGUGCUGCUGGAGCUGCUGCGGCGGGACGAGCUGGCCGUGAGCGAUGAGGAGUGUGUGUAUGAAGUGGCCAUGCGCUGGGUGAAGGCGCAUCAUGCCGAGCGUCUGCCCUCGCUGGCCCGGGUUCUCGCUCACAUCAGACUCCCACUGCUAGAACCCUGCUACUUCCUGGAGAAGGUGGAGAGCGACGACAUGAUCCGCUCCUGCACCGAGGUUUUCCCGCUUCUACAGGAGGCUCGAGCUUAUCACCUGUCCGGGAACGAGACCGGAAUUGUGUGCACACAGGUGAUUUCAGAGCGCACUAAGCCCCGCCUCCACCAGUACCAGUCGGAGGUGUUUGUGAUCAUCGGUGGCUGCACUAAAGAUGAGAAGUUUGUUUCGGAGGUGACGUGUCUGGACCCCCUGCGGCGGAGUCGCCUGGAAGUGGCCAAGCUGCCCGGCACUGACGCAGAGGCCGAGAGCGACACCAGGAAGUGGGUGGAGUUCGCCUGCAUCACCUUCCGAAAUGAAGUGUACCUCUCAGGUGGCAAAGAGACGCAGCACGAGGUGUGGAAGUACAACGCUUCACUGAAUAAAUGGAUCCAGGUGGAGUACCUGAGCACGGGCCGCUGGAGACACAAGAUGGCGGUGUUGGGGGGGAAGGUUUACGUCAUGGGGGGAUUCGACGGUGUUCAGAGACUCAGCAGUGUAGAGGCGUACGACCCCUUUCACAACAACUGGACAGAGGCUGCUCCUCUGCUCCUCGCCGUCAGCUCCUUUUCUGCCGCUAGUUACGGCAAUUGCGUCUUCGUCAUCGGCGGGGGACCAAACGGGAAACUGGCCACCAGCAGCCUGCAGUGUUUCGAAGCGGCGGCGAAUAAAUGGACGUUAAAAAGCCCGAUGCCCAUCGAAGCUAAAUGCACCAACGCCGUAACGUUCAGGGACUCCAUCUACGUCGUGGGCGGGGCCAUGAAGGCGUUGUUCAGCUACAGUCCAGGCACGGACGUGUGGACGUUGGUCACUCAGCUGGGCAGUGAGCGGGCGAGUUGUGGGCUCUCGGCGUGCUGUAAUAAACUCUUCAUCACCGGAGGGAGGGACGACAAGAACACGGUCAUCGCCACGGUUCUCUGCUGGGACCCGGACAAGAACACACUGACGGAGGAGUGCGUGCUGCCUCGCGGCGUCUCCCACCAUGGCAGUGUGACGCUCAGGAAAUCCUACACACACAUUCGCAGGAUUGCGCCCAUACACACCGAGUGAUGACAUCAUCACAUUUCCACACAAGACGGUUUACAGCUCUGACUCUGUGAGAAACAUUUUAUUAAAAGAAAAAUUGUAGAAAAGAUGCAAACUUGAUGUAAAAGUGAGGCAGUGUGUCGGACAGUGCAGAAAUCCAGCUGUGCUCCUUCAACAUGUGGCUCUCACACGCACGGUUUUGCCCUGAUGCACUGUUUCAAGUCUGAUGGGGGAGAAAAAGGACGUAAAAAGGCAGCAGUGAUUUUCAGCUCUUCACUGUGAAGCUCGAGAGUGAAUAAGCCCCGCCUCUUGCUUUCCCCAUCAUGCCGUGCGACAGGACAGGAAGUGCUGACCUUCCUCAGAGUGGCUGUGUAACUGGAGCUCCGCCCAGCAGGCUGAAAGGGUUUUUAUUGGCUGUGUGCGACAACCAAUGGAAAUGCACAAGAGGCGGAGUUAUGGAUUUGGUACACAUGACUAGCGUGCGCAUGUGUUAAGCACUUAGCUAAAUGUUAGCCAGUAAUGCGACAGUAACCAUAGCAACACAUCCACUGGUGUAGGUUCUAGUCAAUCAAAUCCACUAUUCUGUGCUAAGCCCCGCCUCCUCUACAUUCUCACUGGUUCCCAAUCAGAAUCCUCUCUGGCCACAGAGUCCGUGUGAGACAGGAAGUUCACCUGCGGUGGCGAGUGUGUGCGGAUCGUGUUCCGCUCUUGUUUGUGCCUGUAAUCAUGUGACCACUCCCGCUCUCGUCUCUCCCAGCGUUUCCCGUUGUCACGGCGAUGGCGCCGUCUGUCUCCAUGGUGACUCUGAUCCCCCCCCAAACUUGUGGUGACGGGUUGCGGCUGCCGGGAGAGCUGGAGGUUCCUGGGUAACUCUGACUGGGGAGGGAAAACAAGUCACACAUUAAUGACUGAUGAUAACCACGCCCACUCUCACAUCUCCAUGGAAACACACUCACCCCGAGUGAGGAGAGGGGGAUGUAGAGCGCCCCCUGGAGGCAGCAUGACCGUUCUGCAUUACUCCACUCUCCUCCUUUUUUACACUGUGAAGAGAAAAAAAUAAUUAAAAGGAAAAAAAACCACACACACACCUGGUGAUGCGGGUUUUGGAGUUCAGAUGUCGCUCCUCUUUCUCCUCUCUCACUUGUUUACCGUUUUCUUCCCUCUUCACCUCCUUUGGAGAACCUGAGCAGGAGGACGUGUUUAUUACCUAAUACGCACACACUCUCCUAAUAUAAUUCUCCAACUGAGCACACACACACACAGGAGAAAGUUCUCUCACUGGGUAGAAACACUGGAUUAUUAAUGGAAUAAAGUGUGUAUUUUAUGACUAAAGUGUGUGUUUUCUAGAGCAUUCUGUACAUCACUGUACUGUAGGAGUCUGAGCCCUCACUCGCAGUGUGUGUGUGUGUGUGUGUGUGAGAACGGGAGUAAAAGAGUAAAGGUGAAGUGUAACUCUCUCUCCUCUGGUGACCCGGUAACACUGAGGGCUCUAGUGGGACUCGGAACCGUCAGGUUUGCGUGUAGUGACGCACUCGUACCACCUCGACAUAAAGCAACCAGCGGCGACUCAAAACAACAAGUGAAGAAACCAUCAGAUAGAAAAAACCCCAACGUUAUAAACAGCUUGUUUGAACAAAAAUGUUCAGGAACAGGAAGAGACUCCGAGACGAACACACACACUGCUGAAGAACGGGAAAUCUAUCACAGUAGGCGGGGCUUGUAAACAGGAAGCAGUGAUGUGUGUGCUCACUUGCAGAGUCCGAGCAGCCAGGUAGAUGCAGGUGAUGGUCUCUGGUUCAAACCUCACAAACACGCCGGUCCUGAGCGCAUCGUUCAUGUAGUUCCUGUAAAACAGCACCAUGGUGGACAGCAGACCAGUACGAUAUCGCCACCACGAUACCCAGCGACGUUUAUUCGCAUUACAUCAUCAUCAUCAUCAUACAACACCAUGCACCGGUACGAGUCACUCGAGCAGAGCAAUGUUUAUCACCCUGAGAGACCACAACAUCAGACGGUUUACAUCGCCUGGAAGCCCCGCCCAAAGCUCCACCCCUCCCUACUAUCUGACAAGCCUGGACUCGCAGCGCGCGCUCGCCUUCUGCCGCACGAAAUGGAGAAUGUUUAGAGUUCAUUAAUGUGAAAUAAAAUUUAUCACUUAGUCAACUUUAGACACGUAAAUCACUAACAUUCGGUGACUGGAUGGAGUUGUGAUGCCACGAAAACACUUUAAAUAAAUAAACUGUACAGAAUAAAAAGAA